UGAAACAAAGACGCUCAUUCAGUAAUGAUGGCACAUUGCAUGCAAACUGGAGACUUCUUGCAGGAGUUAAACUGUCCAGUUUGCCUUGAACUAUUUAAAGAUCCAGUGAUAUUGGAGUGUGGACAUAGCUUUUGUAAGACAUGUAUUGAUAAGACAUGGAAUAGCGCCAAAAAUAUAUCCUGUCCUGAAUGCAGAGAGGAGUUCUCAUCCAGGAAGUACACUGUGAGCAUACAUUUAUCUAAUCAGUCUGAGAGAGCUCGAUUGAUACAGCAGGAGCAGAAGGAAGAAAUAACUGAGCCUGAGCAGAGAAGCAAGAGUCAGGAUUCAGAUUUAAAAAAAAGAAGAGCAAAUCAACAUUGUGUGGAACAUAAAAAGCAGCUGGAAUUAUUUUGUGAGGAAGAUCAAAUUGUGGUCUGCCCCUUGUGUGUCCCUAAUCAUUAUGGCCACCAUUUUAAAUCCCUGGAAGAAGCAGUUAAUAUGUAUCACGCUAAAUUGAAAGUUGCAUCAGUGUCUCUGGAAUCCAGUCUAAAGGAUCUACAAGAACUGCAGAAAGAACAGGAACAGAAAGUCUCAAGCAUCAAAGAACAGGCCCUCAGUUUGGAGCAACACAUUAGGUCAGAGUUUAACAAACUUCAUAUGUUUCUCCAAGAUAAAGAACAUCAACUGAUCCAACAGCUCAAAGGAGAAGAAGCAGGCAUUCUGACAGAGCUGGAAAUAAAUGUGAAGAAAAUUGAAGAAAAGAGUGCCAUUGUUCAUCAAGAGAUAUCAGACAUCCAGUUAAAGAUGCAGGAGAAAGAUUUAGUGCUUUGUCUAAUAGUUUACAAAACCACAAGAAGAAGAAAUUUUACCUGAAGUUACUGUAGUUGCAGGUGAUCUGAGCCUAGGGGUGUAUAAAGGUCCCCUGCAGUACAGAGUAUGGAAAGAAAUGAGAUCCAUCAUAAAUCCAGUUCCAUCCCUUGUUCUGUUGGACCCUAACACAGCACAUCCUAACCUCAUUCUGUCAGAAGACCACACCAGUGUAAGAUGGGACAGCACAGAACAGCAACUGCCUAAAAAUGCUGAGAGAUUUGAUAAGGUGUAUCUUGUGUUAGGAUCAAAUGGAUUCACAUCAGGGAGGCACUGCUGGGAGGUGGAGGUGGGUAACAAGUCUAGCUGGAUUGUAGGUGUUGCAAAACAAUCCUGUACAAGGAAAGGUAAUUUUAAAAUAAAUUCUGAGAAUGGUUACUUGUUUUUGGAGCAAACCAAUAAACUGCUGACUAUUCAAGGCAAACAAGUUAAACAAACUAACAUAUAUGGAAAAAGCAAGAAGAUUUUGGUGUAUCUGAACUAUGAAGCAGGACAGGUAUCCUUUUACAGCUGUGAUGACAUGUCACAUAUCAUCACCUUCAGUGACACCUUCUCUGAAAAACUCUAUCCAGUUUUCAAUCCAUAUAGUAAGAAUACAGAACCCUUGACAAUGGUGCACCAUAAUCUGUAACUAGAUGUGUUAUCCAUAAUGAUGAAUGUCUUGAAUCUCUGCUACGGCUGAUCGAUAUUCUGUUCUUUCCUGUUAGUACAUUGACUUAUAAAUAUAUACAGCUAUUGGCCCUUAAUUACAUUUCAUAUUUAAGCAUGCUGUAAUUUAAGCAAGAACUUGGCAGUGUUUAUUACCUUAAAAGCUAUUUUGGCUGAAUAGUUGAGUAUUGCAUCAGUGUAAAGACAGUUAAUGUAAACAUUAAAGGUUACAUACAAGAGUCAUUGCAAUGAUUUCUGUGUGGAAAUCAUGAAAAAGACAUCAUAAUUAGCAAAACAAAUAAAAAGUACAGUGUGCCCUUUUGUUGUUUAGAUGCAUACAUGCUUGAAUCAAAUUUAUGUUUGUAAAUCAGAGUGAGUUAGUAACUGUAGCACUGAUCAAAUUUCUGGGAGACUGUUACACCAGAAAUAUAAUAAAACACAUAUGUAAAGUAUUUUUGUAAGAAUAUGUUAAAUUGUGUGUAAACUGUCAUUUAUAACAUGACAUCUGUGUAAUCUGUUUCAUUGGCAAUCAAAAAAACUACAAUAGUGAAUCUUGAGAAAUUAAUUACUACUGAUUCUGAAAUGGAAUAAAAUGUAGUCAUUAUAUUAUAUGAGGUGUUGCCUCUACCUGGUGGUACAUGAUGUAACCAUGACAGCAAAACUUAAGAAGUUACAUUAAGCACUUAGCCACCUCAUGAAGGAUACGUGGCACCCUUUAUGUUUUGUAAGAUAAGAUGGAUCAUAAGCUACUUUUGCAAUCUGUUAUGCAGCACCUUGUAUGUUGAUGAGACAGUAUGACAAAGAAAGAUAUAUAUAGCGUGUUAUAAUACAAGUCGUAGUGUUAUUUCCAUUUAUAUUGGACUGCAGAAUGAUAUUAUCCAUCAUAUUCUGUAGGAUUAUUCCUUAUCCUUUUUCUGGUAACCUUUAUGCAUGUGACAUCACAUCAUAUCACCAAAUGAAUCAGACCAAAGCCAUCAUUUCCCAAAAGAUGUUAGAUAAAUAGCCCCCAAAAAUGUAUUUUUUCUCAAAGAUUUUUAUUAACUUUGUACUUUUCUAUCCAGUGAAGUAAACAUCAAACAGUGUAAUUAAUAACAUUG